GCCACCCGUAACAAUAGCAGGAGCCACGAUGCGAGUAUACAUAUGGCACCCGCACCUGCACUGUCUCUGGCCCGGUGCAAACACAUUUCCCCCCUUCAUCCGGGUCUUCUCUCGCCUCGCUAACAACAAAUCUUGUACAACGCUUCAGUCUAGUCUCGCUACGUCUGAUUGCACUUUUUCCCGCACUGUGCCAACGGCGAUUAGUCUUAUCCUCCCGCAAUGCUCGGCCGAUCUUCCAGCGAGGCCGGCACGCGUCUUCGCCGCUCCAAGUCUGCAUCCACGGUCCAUCGACCCCAGCUAUCUGCUCCCGAAACCGUGGAUCCCGGUAUCGCCCAGCACCAUGCUGUGGCUGCAGCUACGACUGCCUUUGCCCGGGCCCAUGGUCAGAUUGCUGCUGAGCGUGCGACGAAGCGCAGCUCUGAGCUCUCACGGGCCAAGAGUACGUCCAGUCGCAAGUCGCUCACUUCGGAAGGCAGUCAUUUCCCGCCUAGGGAGUCCAGCGUCCGCUCUGUGAACCGUCCUAGCACAUCUCAAGCCCCUAGCGCACAGCAGCAGCCUCGAGUUCCGACCGUGACGAAAGAAAAGUUCCCAUCUUUCUACCCUGCGGCUGGGAGCGACAGACCUUUGUCGGCACAGCCGUCUAUUACAUUCAACGAAAAUGCCCGACCGGGCUCUCAACCAAGAUCCCAUAGGCCAAGUGCUGCCUCCUCCGCCACCUCGCAGCAGAUACGAAAAGCGCGCUCGAUGUACUACGCAAGUAGCGUCCAGACGGGGUCACCAAUUGCUCGCCCACCUGCGAAAUACUUGGCCACGCCUCCACCUUCCAGCGUUGGUCCAACGCCGGAACUAUUACCGCCAGUGUUGCCGGCUCGCAACAUGCCCCCUUCCCCGCUAGCAUCGCCUCAGAUACCCGUCACUGUGGAGCCUGGUGACACGAUCAACAACGCCCGGGACAAGUAUCUCCAAGGCUUUCAACAGCAGCACCGUCAGGUCAAACACCGGCCUUCCUUAUUCCUCGCGCCGUUCAAGAAGAGGCAAGAUCGAGCGAGAAGUAAAGAGCGGCCUCUAUCCGCUGGUUUCUUAUCAGGUUCCUCAAGAAGCCGUCCACCCCGAAUCGAGCCAGCAGCGGAGUUGAUUGAGGAUUUUGCAAUGCCAAAUAAGAAAAGGGAAAAACGGUCGUUCUCCAAUUCAAUCAAGGAUAAGUUCAAAAAGGUCUUUCGACGCUCGUCGAAUCACGCGACAACGAUGCCCGUUCAGCAGAUCGAAGCCAGCCGAGAUUAUUUCAACUACCAAGCCCCUCAUGCUGCACUAUCAAGCAAAACCUUCGAUGUACCAAGUCCCGAUGACGAGACGUUAUUCAGGGUAAGGUCACGCGCGUCCUUGCUGGAGAGAAUGCCUUCGCCCUUAGCACGCCCAGGAUCGCGGGGCAGCACCCGAAGUAAGGGCAGUAAUCGAAGCCUCCACAGCGAGACAAACACUACACACCUAUCUUCGCGCGUCACAAGCUGGAGCGACUCCUCCGCAGGCAAUACGCUCACGCAGCGCGACAUUAAACGCCUCACCGUGAUCCACGAGUCCAAAGAUAGUACUAGUAGCGAUGCAGAGAGGAGCAUGUCAUCGAUCUCACUCCGCCGGAAGACGGUCCCUCUUCCGAGCUUUGUGGCGUUCAAAGAUCCUAUGCCUAUGGAAAGUCUACUAGAAGAGACUUCCACGCCUGUGGAUCCGAAGCGUGUGUUCUCGGCAUUAAUGAAAGAGAUGGACUCAACCGAAGCCCGGAAUACCCAACCAGGUCUCUCCGAUGUCUCACCUGGUGCAGAAAGCGAUGUCUUUGAAUCCAGCACGACGAAGGAGCUGCAUGCGAUGGCUUCGCAUGAAUUACAUUCGAGUGCAAGCAGAGAACGUCGUACGAGCACCAGCAGCGACCAAAGACCUGUAUCGCGUCGCCGUCUAAAUAUAGCACAAGGCAAGACCAGCUCCAUCAGAUCGCUGGGCAGAGCUAUCAAGUCAACGAUUCGAACUGUGACCCCGGUUGAGAAUAAAUCUUCGCCCGUUUUGGAACAACCUCUGGGUGGGAUCAGCUCGAGGCCUGGUACUUCUGCUUCGUGCCAUAGCUCCGACUCACGACAGCGGAUGGCUUUUACAUCCAUGGUUCAAGAGAAGCACGCACGAACUAACCAAUACACUGUUGAAGAUACACACGCACACACAAUAGUCACUCCAAGCGCGGGACAGCUCGAGCAGCGAUUGAUCCGGUCCAACGAGCGGUGGAAGACGCCUCUGGACGAACAUCAAAAGCAUGGAUCACACCAUUAUCGCUCCCAUGCGCGGACCAUAUCGGCCUCACACUUUGCUGACUCCGCUUUUCGCACACCCAACACCGUGGUUGGCAUACCAGCCUUACCAGAACUGGAAGGCGACUCACCCGAAGAAACAACGCCGACUGAAUUGCGAGCAACACCUGUGAACCUUGCUUCAAGGACUCCUCGCAUUAAUCCUCUCUUCUCGCCGUUGUCACCCAGCAUCUACUCACGCGCUACAGACGGUAUGAGCAUUCUUCCCAACGACAGCGUUAUGUCAUUUGAUGGCACGCAAGACCAUCAAAUCAACGACGGAUCUGGUUCUGCUGUCAUCAUAACUAGCCAUGCCGUGAAAAGCUAUGUUCUCGGUACGCCGUCGCCGCGACACCAGACGGAAUCAACAAGAUCGAGCAAAGAUUGGAAAGCAUGGCUAUCCCGCGAGGUCUCGGAGUUGGGUAGCCCAUUGGAAGGAGACAUCACGAUCGACCAAGGAUACACACCUACAAUUCGAAACGAUUCACCGGCAAGUCGGCAUCGUCGUGAGCUUACCCAGAUCGAAGAUGAUAGAACGACCAUAUUGGCCAGGGUGUCCACAGACACAAGAGUAUCUUCACCACCAGCGCCAACACCGAGUGAGGUAGAAGAUGAAGUUGCACAAGCGGACCAAAAUUUAUCAGCACCACAGCAAAAAGGAGCUCAGUCCAACGCCGAAGUUAGUUCUUCGACCGCGAAGCCUGAGCAGCGUGCGAUGCCUCUACUGCUUCGGACUCCUGCCAUCCACAAGGAAAGGCACUCUUCAAUUGACAGUCACCACUCUGGAAAAUCGCGCUCCGCCAACAGCACCCCAAGAUCCUCCACAAUGAACGGCCGCUUUCCUUUCAUCGACACUGGGCGACCCACAAGCAGCAACAGUGCACGCGUUAGUGGUUCUUCGCGUUACGCUACAGAUAGCAGCUCGUCAACCGGAUCCAAACGAUCACCUAUCUCUAAGGUGUAUUCAGAUGUCUCUGCGCCAGUGACAGUCGAUUGGGCACCACAGCCUACGUUGAAGACGAAUCUAGGGGAUAGCAAAGAGCCCGACCACAACAAAGAAAACAUGAACGGAAAAGCGAUUCCCCUCAUCAAGCAGAAGAAGGGACCAGUACCAGAGCAGCCUAGCACGCCGUUCUUGUCACCUCUCACCAGUAGAGAGAACAGGCCUAAGUCGAUGCUCUCAAUGUCGUCUUCUGCUACCAACAGAAGUGCGCCACCGCUCACAAGAGAUACGAGCACAAACGGAAACACUUCGAUUACCAGUAAACCAACGCAGUCGUCCACGGUAUCACUCAGUUCACAGCAACAGCACAUGCGCAUGAACCUGUUGCCUAUUUCUCCAAACAAGCUCACGACAAGGCCGAAAAGCGCAUUCGAGCUUCGUGGACAAGGCAAAAUACCACUGGCAUCAAGCACUCUGCAGUCUCAGAGCUUGUCUUCAGAUGAGAGUCUGAAGAAGAAGUCAGCGAGUCGAUCUAGCACCAGGACAUCGGAUCCGCCUCGUAUGCCACGCCCUGGGCACUCCAGCAACAUUGACCACGACACUGUGCGUAUGCCUCUUGAGUCACCCUGGGCUAUGUUGGGUCCACCGACUUCGCCACGGUCGUCGAUAGAACAUACGGAUCGUUCAAGGGUGAGACACAAGCUACACGUCAAGCAUAACUCGAGCACUUUAGCGCUGCACAGGAAACCGAGUCCCGGCUUGGAAGAACAUACCAUUGACGCUUUGAUCGACGAGCGGCCUUUGAGUCGACGAAGCAACUUCAGUAGUAUCUGCGGAGAUGAGAGAGGCAGUGUGACGGGGAUAAUCACGCCUGGGCAGCGGAUGGCGGAAAGAUAUCUGAGGGAGAGGAGUGCGCCGAGGGGAAGCGGAGCAGGGAGUCCGUAUAAUGAGAAGGAACAGCAGAGAAUUAGGACAGGCGCGACGAGACAGACGCUCGAGAGGGAGGAUACACCUGCAUUUAUGUAAUCGGGCAGUGUCGCAUCAGGCGGAUACAGGCAAGGUUAUAAGGUAUUGAUAUGGUUAGAUCGGGAUUGGAUAAUGGCGAUGGUAACGCGGAGGCAUGGUGUUUUGACUAUAGAUGGGACGCAU